AUGGGGGGUGAAGACGAGCGACGCCGCUUCCUCUUCGUGGCUAUGCCCAUCAACCACUUCGGUGAGCGGGUCCGCUGGACCCUCGAUCUCAUUGGCGCACCUUAUGAGGAGUACACGGUGGGAGGCUUAAUCUCGGCUUUCCUUCGGGGCCGCAGUGUGCCGCAGCUGGUGGACCGCAAGUCGUGCAGUAUGAUCGGCAACAGCGACGAGUGCCUGGCCUACCUCAGCGCCGCCUAUGCCCCGAGCAUCGCUGACACGCGGUUGAGGGCCAAGGCCCUCUCGUUUCUGCGUUUCGAUGAGCAGACCAUGGCAUGGGACGUGAAGCUUAACCAGCUCGGGCAUCUCGUGCAAGGUUGGGCUUAUUUCUAUGUCCUGGCACUGGACAUGACGCCAGAAGGAUGUCUCACCGCCUGGGGGGCCUUCGAACCCAAAGUGCCUUUGAUGCACCGCCUCAUCCUCAAGUUCGGCCAUCCUUUCCUCAGGAAAUUCAUGAGGCUUGUUUUCGAGCUAUCAAAUGAGGAGGUACGAGACCGGCGGCGGAAGAUGAUUGAGUCAAUUUUGGAUGAAGCUGAUGCAACCCUUUCAAAGCAGAAGUUCUUGGCAGGAGAUGACUUAUCCCAUGUCGACAUCACUUUCAGCGCGCUCCUGGCUCCACUGCUUGGCGCUCGCUUGGUCUUCGCCCCUAAAUCUUCGUAUGCCAACGGCCGGUUCAGUUCGUUCAAUGGGGCCAUGGACCGGAUGUCAGAUAAGUGGCCACGGGCUCUCCUUGAAUUUGAGCAGAGCCUCCUGAAGAGACCUUGCGCAAAGCAUUGUAUAUCACUCUAUGAGAGCCUGCGUUCGACGCAGCUCUAG